AUGGAUCAUCGAAACACGAAAGAAACUUUGGCCGUUUUAGAUCGUUUAGAUUUAGAUACGGAAAAACCGAGCGAAGAAGAAGUUGCGAAAAAAUUCGGAUUCGAAGAUGAUUACUAUCACGGUAGAUUGUCGUGGUGGCAGAAACUCAAACCUAAAAUAUGGUCACUAUUCGACGAACCCUAUUCGUCGAACGCAGCUAAGAUCGUCGGAGUCAUGUCGGUAUUUUUCAUAUGCGUAUCGAUAUUAUCGUUUUGUUUGAAAACUCAUCCGGACAUGAGAGUUCCAGUUAUAAAAAAUAUAACUGUCAACACGACGAGCAACACGUCGUCAUGGGUCCUGGACAAGACUGCAACCAAUGCUCACGAUGCAUUUUUUUACAUUGAAUGCAUAUGCAACGCAUGGUUCACAAUAGAAAUAUUAUCACGUUUCAUAUCGUGUCCGAAUAAAUGCGAAUUUAUAAAAGCAUCCGUUAACAUAAUCGAUUAUAUAGCAACGUUAAGUUUUUACAUCGAUUUCGUAUUGCAAAAACUCGCAUCCGAUGUCGAAAAUGCCGACAUAUUAGAAUUUUUUAGCAUAAUACGAAUAAUGAGAUUAUUUAAACUAACGAGACAUUCAUCUGGUCUUAAAAUAUUAGUACAAACGUUUAGAGCUUCGGCCAAGGAAUUAACGCUAUUAGUCUUUUUCUUGGUGUUGGGAAUCGUAAUAUUUGCCAGUUUGGUUUAUUAUGCAGAAAGAAUACAGGCAAAUCCACACAACGAUUUCAAUAGCAUUCCAUUGGGUCUUUGGUGGGCUUUGGUAACAAUGACAACCGUUGGCUAUGGUGACAUGGCUCCGAAAACAUACGUCGGAAUGUUUGUCGGAGCAUUAUGUGCAUUAGCCGGAGUGCUCACAAUCGCAUUGCCUGUGCCUGUUAUAGUUGCUAAUUUUGCCAUGUACUACUCUCACACUCAGGCUCGAGCUAAAUUGCCGAAGAAAAGACGAAGAGUUUUACCCGUGGAACAAUUAAGAGGACCUAGAGUGCCUGGUCAACCUCUUCUUCCCGGUGCCCAAGGUUGGACUCCCGGUCAACAACCACAAAAUCAAACCGGAAGAGGCGGUGGUGGUGGUGGUGGGGGUGGAGGAGGCGGAGUCGGUGGAGUAUUAGGUCCAAAUAGAAGGAUGAACGCAAUCAAAUCGAAUCAUCCGAAAGAAGGAAUCGGACCCAAUUUGGGUUACGAGGAACAAGAAGAAUACGAUAUGGUGGUGACGAGGCCUCACAAAAAAAUGUAG